CAGAGACCUCCCUUAAAUUUAGACUGACUCUUGCAAGUCAAUUGCCGCUGACAUUAGCAGCUGGGCUCAAGCCUAAACCAAGCUUGGAGAGCAGGCCCUGCCCUGCCAGGAGCCUAGGCCCGCGGCUCGGCUCCUCUACUCCAGGCACCCAGACCAGAGGUGACUACCGACGACCAGGCAGCUCGGGCUCUCCCCAAAUGGGGACGAUACCAGGGCCCCUGGCGGGAGGGAGGGCCGCCAGCGCCGAUGGCGGGUUCUUCGGUGGAGCCGGGAUGGGUACAAAAGGGCAUAAGCCCAAGGUGAUGAAGCGUCCCGUCCUGCCUGCUUCAGAGAAGGAGCGCAGCGGGGAGCCCAAGGGGCCUGAGGACAGCGGUGCUGGCGGCGCGGGCUGCGGAGGCGCGGAGGACCCCGCCAAGAAAAAGAAGCAGCGGCGGCAACGCACGCACUUCACAAGCCAGCAGCUGCAAGAGCUGGAGGCCACGUUCCAGAGGAACCGCUACCCCGACAUGAGCAUGCGGGAGGAGAUCGCCGUGUGGACCAACCUCACGGAGCCGCGCGUGAGGGUCUGGUUCAAGAAUCGGCGAGCCAAGUGGCGGAAGCGCGAGCGUAACCAGCAGCUGGACCUGUGCAAGGGCGGCUACGUGCCGCAGUUCAGCGGCUUGGUGCAGCCCUACGAGGACGUGUAUGCUGCCGGCUACUCCUACAACAACUGGGCUGCCAAGAGCCUGGCGCCAGCGCCGCUCUCCACCAAGAGCUUCACCUUCUUCAACUCCAUGAGCCCGCUGUCGUCGCAGUCCAUGUUCUCGGCACCCAGCUCCAUCUCCUCCAUGACCAUGCCGUCGAGCAUGGGCCCGGGCGCCGUGCCCGGCAUGCCCAACUCGGGUCUCAACAACAUCAACAACCUCACCGGCUCCUCGCUUAACUCGGCCAUGUCCCCCGGCGCCUGCCCUUACGGCACACCCGCCUCGCCCUACAGCGUCUACCGGGACACGUGCAACUCGAGCCUAGCCAGCCUGCGGCUCAAGUCCAAGCAGCACUCGUCGUUCGGCUACGGUGGCCUGCAGGGCCCGGCCUCCGGCCUCAACGCCUGCCAAUACAACAGCUGA